CCCUAGUCUACCAUGUUGUUUGUUGUGGGAAGUCAUAGUAGAUAACUCUGCUAGGGCUGAACUUCCUGAUUAUCGUGGGAAAUUCACUAAUAAAAUAAUUUUUCUUAAAAAGCAUUUUGUCAUCAUAUCAAAAUAAAAUCAUUUAUUCCAAAAAUCAUGCCUGCUAAAGAAAGAAAAAUAGCAUUUAUGGGAUUUCGAUCAGUUGGUAAGUGAUGGUGAUAGUGUUAAUUUAUGAUGAGUGUUUAGUCUUAGUUCUAAGUUUGCUUGAGUGACUUUCUCCAUGGGCGCUGACUCUGACUCGAGUCUGACUGACUGACUGAUACUGAUACUACUGAUUUAAUUUAACUGAUAAUGGCAGAGCCUGAGAUUCCUCUUGACAAAUCUUGAUUGAAUUUAAAUUAAUUCAAUGAAAAUGAAAUUAAUGAAUAAUAAUUAUCAUUUUGAAUUAUAAUUGUCAAAGUCAUAGCAGUAGCAAUCAUCAUCAUCAUAAAUUAACAUCAUUUUUAAUUUUAUUUUUAUGGCAAUUAUGGUUACUUAAAUUUUAUAAUUACUAAACUAAAUUCAGCCAGACCACAAUGCCAUUAUAAUAAUUUGGCCUCAUGCAUGAUAAAUAAUUUUAUUUUUAAACAAUCAAAGUUGAAACUGUAGACAGAAGUAUUUGUAUUAAUAUAUCCAAAUUGAAACUUUCAAUUAUUAAUCGCUGAGCCUAGCUUAAAAAAUAAAAAGUUCCAAACAGACUGCAUCAACCAUAUCUCUGGUAUUUGGAGACCCAAUGCCCAAUGCCAAUGUAUUUUGCAAAAAGGUAACAGAGCUUUUUAACUCAAGGCAUACUCUUUACCUUUUUUGUCUUCUGUCUACAGUUUCAACUUUGAUUGUUUAAAAAUAAAAUUAUUUAUCAUGCAUGAGGCCAAAUUAUUAUAAUGGCAUUGUGGUCUGGCUGAAUUUAGUUUAGUAAUUAUAAAAUUUAAGUAACCAUAUGAAAUACAUAUACAAAAAUAAAUAAAAUCCUCAUUUAUGAUCUGUAUCUAAUGAACAUUUGCAACAAUCAGAUAAAGGAUUAUCUGAGAUAAAGAAAAAUAAGAACGAUAUAAGGGAAAGUCAUUCAAAUUAUGAUGCUGUACCAGUUUUUGGCUUAAUGCUUGUGUUAGCUAUAUGAUUCUUUUAAAAAUAUUUCAUAGAAAUUGAAAGAAUACUGUAUUUAAAAAAAAGAUUUACGCUUAAGUGUUAUGUACUUUUAUUGAAUAAAACAGCACGUAUUCUAUUUGUCAAUGAUUCCUACAACAACAGCAGUAACAGAUACAUUUCAGACACAAGCCUAUUUCUAUCAUGCUAAAGCCUGGUGCAAAGUUUAGGGAAAUCAUAUCUAUUUUCAACUCACUGUAGGUUUAAAUUGAUCUCUGUGCCUAAAAAUUAUUUAUCUUUUACCUAGUUUCAACUGGUUACACCUUUCUAACAUCAAUAUUUUUACUUGUAAUCUUAACCGUUUUGUUCUCUUAAGAUGUUAGGAAUGACAUUAAGAUGUUAGGAAUGACAUAAGUAUGUAAGGAAUGACUUUCAGAUGCUAGGAAAGACACUAAGAUGUUAGGAUUGAAAUCAAUAUAUUAGGAAUAUCAUUAAAAUUUAAGGAAUAACAUUAACAUGUUAAGAAUGUCAUUAAAAUGUUAGGAAUGACAUUAAUAUGUUAGGAAUGUCAUUAUAAUGCUAGGAAUAACAUAAAUUAAGAUGUCAGAAAUGUAAUUAAGUUGUUAGGAAUUAGAUUUUUCUUGUGUGGUUGUUGCAUUUGAAGUUUUAAAAUACCUUAUGCUUUUAUAAUUCCAAGAUAUUUAUUGCUCCAAUGAGGAUUUUUAUUUGAUUUAUUAGAUUGAAACAUUUCCAUGCUACCGACACUGUCUAUAUUUUGACAGGAAUAUGAAUUUUUUUCUUCCAGGUAAAUCCUCCCUCAUUAUUCAGUAUGUAGAAAACCAGUUUGUCGACUCCUAUGACCCCACUAUAGAAAAUAGUAAGUUAUUAUAAUAUUCCGUAUAUUAAGCUUAACAUGUAUUUAAACUUUCUUUUAAUUUUCUUCAAUCACCCCUCCAACUAAAUUAUCUUUUCUCUGGAAAAUUGAAUUAAUUUUUUUUUUAAAAGGAACAUUGAUUACUUAUUAUUGUGAUAAAAAAAUUAAAUGUAAACAAAGUAUAAGUGGAGAGCCACAGUGUAAUCCUGAUUGUAUGUAAAAAAAAUUUUAACAAUUGGGAAUUUUUUACCCUUUAAAAUAUAAUCUUAUCUCAAAGAUUUUUCAAAAUUAGUAAACAAUGUGAUUUUUAAAAAAAAUAUUUAAAGAAAACAAUAGAAGUGUCUGCUGAUCAACUAGUGCAAUUCAACAUGCAGAACAGCAGAUGAAUUUAAAGUCAUGGAAAUGAAUAAAUAAAUAGACUCACUUGAUAAAUGAAGCAUUCUGACUUUGUAAGUAAUUAAGCAAUCCCAAUGUUUGCAUGUUCAUCAGUUUUCUAUGCCUCCUCAAAUUAAUAUUUUAAGAGUUCCACCAUAAACUAGGCUAAAUCUGUACAAAGUUUCACAAUUUUUGUUGUUGCAAAAUGUAUGCUUUAUUUAGAAAUAAAUAUGACAUUAAACGAUAUAUUUAAUUGAUUUUCUAGAGAGCUCAAUCUUGUUGUUCCAACUAGAUAAUUUCCAAUUUCUAUUAAUUUGUGUAAACUGUUGUGGGCUAUCCUUUUAUAAUUAGGAAAUUUUCAUUGUUACUUAUUUCAAGCAUUUUCCAAGACAACAAGGGUAGGAGGACAGGACUAUGAGCUACAUGUUAUUGACACAGCUGGCCAGGACGAGUAUUCUGUAAUCCCUCAAUCCUAUUUCAUCAACAUAAAUGGCUAUGUCCUGGUCUAUUCUGUCAACUCACAGAAAAGGUGGGUGGAAGGAAAUAACAGCAUCAGCAUUGAAAGGUGUUGGGGGGGGGGGUCACUUUGCAGAUUUAUCAUAUUAACUAGAAAUAACAAUGGCUGUGGCAAUUGUGAACUUCCCAUCUACUAAACUAACUUGACAAAACAUGUAUUUAAGUAAUGCACUUUACAGUGUUAAUUUCUUGGAAUUUUAUUGUAAAAUUAAUUUCUAAUCUAUAAAUCAAAGAAUUUAUCUAUUUACAUAUAGGUCUAAGCAUAUUUAUUUUUCCUUAUUUAAAUUGAUUUGAUUUCCAUAAGAAAACACAUCUCUCAAUGAGUGUUUUGAAGGAACCCAGAGAUAGGAUUCAUAUCUUCCAGGCUAUUGAACACAAAUUUACAUUUGAGAAAUUGUAUUUUUCACACGUUUGAACACAGUUUUCCAUUCAGGCUUACACUCACAUACAUACAUACCCACAUACAUACAUACUUAGAGAAUUAUUAUAUGUUAUAUGUGAUUGAGAUAACCAAUUUUAUCAAAAGCCACAACUGACAUUGAUAAGAUGAGUUGAGUCAAUAAAAAGUUGAAAAAUUUAUCGUUACUUUUCACUAUUAUGCAACAGCAAAUAUUACUUUGCUUGAGACAUGAGGAGCAGAGUUGUAUAUGAACAAAACAUCAAGGAUCAUGAUAUGGAAAGCAAUGUGUAGAUCUAAAGUAAAAAAAAAAAUAAUAAAAGAUGUAGAAAUGAAGAAACAAAAAUCUUUAAAAUGUGAAAUUUAGAUAAUUAGUUCACAAAUUUUUUUGUGUUAAAUAUUUUUUAAAAUUAUGCCAUUCGAAGCUAUUUUGUCAGAAUAUCUAGUUAUUAACAUUUAGGAAGCAUUGCAUGAAUUAAAGUAGGUGUGGCAGAAGCAAUUAAGCAGUACAAGAAUCUAAAUGCCAGGUGUAUGGUUUCUAUAUGACUGCCAAAAUAUUAAGCCCACAUAUUCUGCAAGUUGAACCUUUUCAGUGCAGCUUUUUACAAAAAUUAGGUAAUAUAUUGAGGUGCAUUAGAAAUUUAAAGGUGAUUUUUAUGGUCAAAUAAAUCAGUGUUGCUGAUAGAUUCAAUUAAUCUCCUUAUUAGCAUUACGUUUUAAACAGAGUUUAAAAAGAAAAAGUCUGGCAAGAUUGUUAUUCCCAAACCUGGAGGCUGAAAGUCCUUGUCCGGUGUCAUUUCAGUUGUUUUCUUAGGUUAGCCGAUCACUGCCGUGUCUCUAAAAAUGUUAGAUUUAUCUGUACAAGAGUCUUAACUGGACAUGAAGCAUUGAAAUAUUUGAUUAGGUCAUAGGAACAUUGCACAUUGCUUUUACAUUGAUUCCAUUUAAAAAAAAAAAAUUUUAGUUUCAUGUGAAGAAGCCCUCAAUCUUAAAUAAUAAUUGAAGAAUGCAAUUUUGAGAGAUGUGUGCCUAAGCUUUUUAAUAGUUACAGUUAUGAUUUAGUUACCUUCUGAGACUGGGAGGAAAAGAUUUACCUUUAUGUGUGUCUGUUGUUUUUUAGCUUUGAGGUGGUUAAACAUGUGUACAACAAGAUUAUUGACAUGAAAGGCAGAAUGACGUAAGUAGAAUGGAUAUAACUAUACUUCACCAUUUCAACAAAUUGAUUUCAUUAGUGUGACUGUUUUCAACUUGACUCUAUGCCUUUUACAUUUGGAUAUAUGGUUUCACACAUGCACUUUUUUUGAAAUUCAAACAAAUUACUGGCCAGUAUUGGCUGUACAGUUCUCGAUUGGGCUAGAGCAGUGGUUCUCAAACUUUUUAUGGCCACCACCCCCUUGCCACCAUAAAUUCUUCUCUGGCACCCCAUCUGUUUUACCCCAAAAAAUAUAUUUAUGCAGGAAAGUAGUUUGAUCAACGCUGUGAGAAAGACAACAAGACAGUAAAAAUGUAAAUAGGACUUUUAAAUUAAAUUAUUUUUUCAUUAAAUUACUUCAUUAAUAAAAUUAUCACUUAGAUCCAUUAAUACCACAGCUUUAUAAAGCAGGAUUAUGAUAAGCACUUGGUAAUGAUACCAUGGUAACUUCUAGAUCGGUCAGCUAAGCUCACUGUCUGCCUUGGUUGGGUUCGAUACGAUUUGUUCAAAGUCUUGAGUUUUAGUUUUAGCUAACCAAACAACAAUCAUAAAUGAAAUCUUUCAAAUGAUAUUUAUUGUAUUUCCUUGCUUGACGUAAAGCAAAAAACAACCACAUUAAACCAGCUACAACCAAAUACAAUGUUGUAAAUAGAAAAAUUUGAUUAUUUUUUUUUUCCCCCACCACUUUCCACUGUGCAUAAUAAUAUGAGCCAGAAGGAUCAAUACAUUGAUCGUGGGCCCUCAAAAUAUAGACGAUAGAAGAAUUACAUGAAAUUUUCUCUUAAGCUUCAUCUAAAUUGGAUUUUAAGCUUAAUUAACCUAAUGCAUCUUUAAAUGAAAAUUUAAGAUAUUUUAAAUAGGGUGAUAAAUCCAAUCACUCUUACAUUUUAUGUACUAUAUUCAUGUGGUCGCACCGUCGCAUUGUACUUGAAGAUUAUCACGCGGUAACCCUUCUUCUCUUAUAAUUGUGGCAUUUGGGUAAAUAUCACUCAUAAGCAGAGAUGAUUUUGAUAUGAAAUUAGAGGCUUUGUUUGGUUUUAAAUAGGAGCGACCUCAUCUCCCCACAGCUGUAAAUUAAAUUCAUUGAAAUUUUCAAAUAUAAUGAAUGGUUAAGAUAUAAUAUAUAAUUAUGAUACAUAUAAAACAAAAAUGCUUACAACUGUUUUUUGAUGGGGUAAGUUUAGUUAAUUUAUCAAGAAGUCAAACACAUGCACAGUCAGUAGGAAAGUGGGUACGCAGAGGGGGCAGUCUGCCCCGUGAGCACUAGUUUCCUUAUAUUGAAGGAUGGCAUUUCAGCACACUGUAAAUGUUUUUAUCAUGGAAGGGGGAAGCAAAAAGCUUGGUCCGUUCCGGACGGCCCAUGCCCUAACAAUGCCACUGUGCACUUUUGCAUCAUGUGUUCUGCAUUGCAUAACAAAAAAUAUAAAAAAUAAACCAAGAUUCAUAAAUGUUCAUGGAAACAAAGACAUGAUAAUAUUAUUGCUUGCUGGAUUCCGCCUGUAAGCAUAAUGAUGACCAUCUCUGGCAAGGCAUUGUCAUCUUCAAAUUUAAAUAAAUAUAUCCUUGUUUUAAAAUAUUUUAAUUAAUAAUAAUUCAAGGAUAUUUAUAUUGUUAAAGUAGAGAAGCGAAAGGAUUUCCUUUUUUUAUUUAUGCAUCAAGUGAAUAUGUAGAAAAAUUAAUCUCUUUAAAGUAUUACUAAUUGUGUAUAUUUAAUUGCUAAUAGAGCUUAAUGAAAUCCUUUUUAAUUAAUGCUUGAAAAGCUUUACAUGAUGGGGGCGGGGGGUGGGGGGGGGGAGACGUUAUAGUACCUCUUUUUCAAAUAAAUUUUUAAUUUAAAAAAAAGCUUUUCUGAUAUAAUCUACCACCACCCCCUUGAAUAAUCCAUCCCAUUGCCCCUAUAAAUCUACUGAGCAUUUUAGCAGUUUAUCACACCCCCUGGCACAUCCCACCGCCCCAAAAAGGGGGGGAGGCGGAUGGUUGCUAUCGCCCACUUUGAGAACCACUGAGCUAGAGUAAAAAUUAUUUAUACUCAUACAUAUCAAAGCGAUGCAAGUCAAAUGUUAUGUGUUAGCAUUAUUUUUUUUAAAAUGCAAAAUGUUUUAAAAUUUCAUAUUUUAAACCAUUUCUUUGUUGUUUUUUUUUGGUUUCUUUUUAAGAUCUGAAACAUAAUUUGUGUACAAUUACUGCUUGUAUUUAUAGUAAAAAAAUAUUGGGUCAGAUGAAAUAUGCACUUUUUAAAAAAAAUAAACAUCUUACUAGUGAUAGUCUUCAGCUACAUUUUGACCUAGCUCAACUUAAGACCUGCAGGGCCUUAACUUCUUAUUGAUGUGCAACCUAGCCUUGUAAGCUUUAUAAUUAUUUGUUUUUUUUUUUAUCAUAAGUAAUCAUAUACUCAGUAUUGGUAACUGUAAAUUUGUAUUCCCUCUCUAACAGGGUUCCUAUAGUGUUAGUUGGGAACAAGAAGGAUCUACGCUUGGAAAGGUGAGUCAUGUUAAUUGUCAUUUCAUUUGGCUGAUGCUAAUUUUUGUUCCAUGCACAAGUGAGCAUUUUUUUAAAAACUUUACUGAGCCUACAUUAAUGCAACAUGUUUAUUGUGGAGCUUGUAGACUAUGAAAUCUUUCUCUGUGUGUGCUUUUUUUGUGUUGGUAGUAGGUGGCUUUUCAUUAAGCAGCAUUCACAUAUUAAAAAAAAGCCCAACUAAAAUUGUGCUGAAGCAUGUCUAUUGUCUAUUUAACCUCAUAAAGUUUUCCUUGAGAUUCAACAUACAGUGCAGUUGAGGACAAUAUUUUUAGCGGCCAGUAUAGUAAAGUUUACCUUAAAUUUGUAGAAUUUCGUUUUACAUAUUAAAGUAAUUUAAAUGAUUAUAAUUAAUUUCUUUAGAAUGUGAAAAGGGAAGUGAUACAUUUUAAAAAAUGAUAUAUGGAUAAAUUUUGUUUUUCAUUAGAAUAUUUAAACAAAAGCUUUGCUGGAUUUAACUAAAAGAACAUGGAUUUAUUGACCACUUAAAGAACAAUCUGUCUUUUUUUCUUUUUUUAUAUCAUACUUGUACAGUGAGCAAAGCAAUAUCUGUCCCUCGGCUAAGAUAAAUUUUAUUUAUAUAGAAUAUAUUUUUUUUAAAUUUAUAAUUAUAAAAAAUAUUUGAAUGUAACUCUUACACUUAUUUUUAUUAUAGCAGAGAGUGGUUAGACCUGACUAUAAAAUGUUAAGUUUUAUCAGUUGUUGUUUCAGAUUGUGUUUUUUUCUUUUUUCACCAAAUUUCUCAAUUGGCCCGCCUCAUGUUCAAUUCAUCUUUAAUUUUCCAGUGACAGUUUUGAUUAUGAUAACACUAAUUUUGAAAACCAUCCUCGGUAGGUGAUUUUUAAAUAGUGGAAAUAAAAGAACAGAAAAUCCUGAUGUUAUUAAAGCAUGAGUUACUCCUCUUGUCAUUAUAACACCCCCUUGAAGUUUAAAAACAAAAAUCCAGUACAUUUCCUACAAAUAACAUUCUAACAGUUCCUUCUUUAAAUAUCAAUAUACAAUUAUCGUUGAUUAAACAAAACUGCACCAACAGCUGUUGCCCAUGCCUGAAAAGAUGAAUAUUUGCUUCAAGUAAAUUUUCUUUUGAAAUGUAAGCACUUUUGAAUAUUCUCUCUUUUCACUUUCUGAAAAAACUGUAAUAAUUGUGCAAUCUCUUUCUAGAUCUGGGGAAAGCCUCUAAAGUCUUCUUGCUGUUGUUUUUUUCUUACAGUUAUUUAAGGGAAUGAAUUAAUAUAUAACAUUUUUUUUUUCUUAACAAAUGUGAAUGAAUAUUAACAACACCAUAAAUUGCUUUGAUAUUGUAAAAGAACUAAAAAGAUCUAACAUGCACAUAGAAAUAUAUUUUUAUUUUACUCUUAAUUUUUAAUUAACAAUAGUAAAUUUCUAUUUUAAAAAAGUAUUAGUAUUUUAACAAAAUGAUUAAAAUUGAUUCUACUAACCCAUCUAACUCAUUUUCCUGACAGCUUAUUUUUAAAUUUCAAAUAUCCAAUAGAUAUUUCUAUUCUAUACAUUUAAAAAAACCAAAACAAAAACUUAAUUCCUCUAUAAUUUUUAACACACUCCAGUGGGUAUUCUUAAUUCUCAUUCCCACCCCUUAAGAAAACAACUAGUGUUGCCAAGACACCCUGGAUUCAGUUAGCAGUGUUCUUAACAUUGACAUGUAACUCUUGUUUUCUUAUCUUAACCAUGGAGCAUUGUUUGUUUUUUUUUUUUUGUUUUUUUUUAAAUUUCUAUUUUAUUAUAGGAAUGCAAAUAAAUAAUUGUUUAAUUUACUUUACAUUCAAAUGCAAUUUAAAAAAAUUAUUUCUGAACUUUAUUAUAUUAUGGAUGAUUUCAUAUCAUUCUAGAGGACAGGGAUAUAUAUAAAUACAUAAAUAUAUACACUGAGACCGGAAGAAAAUGGAACCCAUUUGAUAAUGAUCAGUCAAUGGAGAGUUAGUCUUGAAGCCUGUGUUGAAGCUAAGGGUGGACAGUUCGAACACAAACUAUAGUUGAAUAAAAAUUUAACGUUAUGUUAGAAUUAAAAUGGGUUUUGGAAUUUAAAAAAUUGAUAAAUAUUUACCAUUAGUUUUUGUCAUUAUAAUUAUAAAAAGUGUUGGACUGCAAUAAAGCUUUAAAAUGGAUUAAUAAGACACGAACAAAUUGUGUCAAUAUAACAAUAAAAGUUACGCUUUAUUAAUAAUUAUACAUUAUACACAAGUAAACGUUUCGGCACAUGCCUUCAUCAGUACAAACAAACAAAACACAUUUAAAUAAGUAUAAAUUAAAUUUACAUAAUAUAAAUAUACAUAUCCUACCUAAAACAGAAAAAUAUAGGAGAGGGCGCUAAAACCAGACAAAAACAAAGUAAAGAGGAGUAGAAAGGAAGUGAUUUUAACAUAAAUUAAAAACCAAACAGGAAAAAGACAUGGCAGUUAGGUAAAAUUGUGGAUUUGGUUCAUUCCAUAUGGAGACAACGUACCAAAUCUAGUUAUUAAUUUGUUCUCCAUAUAGAUUCUAGCUGUAGUGUUACUAGUAUAGAGUAUACCAGUAACUGCGAUGUCUGAGAUACCAUCAUGGUUAGGGCUAUUGAAAUGUUUGGAGACCGGACAGAGAGCGUGUUCAUUUAUGUUAUAGAGGUGCUCUCUGAACCGGUCCCCAAGGCGACGACCUGUCUCUCCUAUGUAUAAUUUACCGCACUUUUUGCAAACUUUUAUUGUUAUAUUGUCAUUAUAACAAGGGUUUCUGUCAACUUUCUGGAUAUUACCCCAAUAUUAAAACAAAUUGUGUUAUUCAAAUCUGACUACUAUUGAGAGUCAUAGUUACCUAUAAUACUCCCAGCCGAAAUCAUGCAAAUACUUCAAACCUUUCUCCCAACUUCUCAGACUACGUCGCCUCUGCCAGUUCCAUGAAGACUUUUUAGACAACUGUAAUGAAAUGAUGGACUUCUUCCACUCUAGAUAUUAUUCUGAAACUACUCCUGUCUCUGCACUCAAUCGUUUCAACAUUUUAACACAGAAUGAUGCUUUCAACCCUCACCCAAAACAAAAAUGAAGAUCGAACCAAACUCAUUCUAACCUACCACCCUCACAAUGUGAUUGACAAAAAAAUAUUCCCAAGUAAUCGACACAUACUUCUUACAUACCCUGUCACCAACAGGGUAUUCUCACCCCCUCAACUUAUUGUCUUCAAACGGAACAAAAAUUAAGUGGCUCACAGUCGCCUUUGAGCUGACCCAUCUCACUUUGGGACUAAGUCAUGCUCAAGAAGCUGAUGUGGGACUUAACCUUAUACACUCAAAACCAAAAACAUUAGCAUCUCUAAGGGUACUUUAACCAUCAAAAAGGGCUUCCCAUGUGUUAGUUGAAAUAUGACCUAUGUGAUUGCAUACUGUAUAUGCCCCUUCUGUUAUAUAGGCAAAAUGGGAAGAAGAUUAUCUUAUAGGUUCACUGAACAUCUUCGUGAUAUCGAACAGGACAAACUUUCCCGGAUCUCAUCCCAACAGAGAUAAACACUAAGGCACAUCAGCUGUUUCCCCAGCAAGUGUUAGAAAGGAAAACAAAUUAAUUCAGAUUUUCCGCACAAUAUCACCAUAUGGAAUUAAUCAAAUAUUCUCCUGCUAGUGAUCCUCAAUUUCCCUGUAUUUCUUUUCUUAUUGCUUAAAUUUUACAUAUUUUCCAAAAGUUUUUUUUUCACUAAAAUCUUAUUUUUCACAGCAAUGAUACAUAAAUUAUUUUACUUCCUGUAAUCUUUUGGGUAGAACACACAUUUUUAUUUUGGAAAACCAAUCUUCCGGCAAUAACAAAGUAUUCAUGGGGAAAUACAAACACUUAUGUUUUUGAACUGUUUUCUAUUUCUUCUUUUGUCCUGUCUGCUGAAGAAGGCUCUUAGCUGAAACAUUCUAUUUCUAUUGUCCUGUCAUUAUAUAUCAAGCUUACACAUACCUUGUUCCCCUAUUCCAUUUUUUUUCGGGAGACAGUGUAUAUAUAAUCAUAUAAUUAUCAUUUGUCAAAAUUCCUUAAAGAAUAUACCUGGCUUAAGAAAGCUUGCCUCAUUUUCAUUGCACUAAUUUUAGCAACUCAUUGUCGAAUUUGAUUAUUUUUAGCAAGUAUUUAAUGAAAUGGAGCAGAACCAUUAAUGCUUUACUUUUCUUAAACAUGAAUCAUUACAUGUGGUAUAUUAAGUUCCUUUAACUAAUGAAAACUCCCUAAGACUUCCACUGUACAUAAUUAUUUUCUAUUAUUAAUCCAGACCUGCACUUAUAGUUUUAUUUUUGGUUUUUCUUACAGGGUUAUAACAGAAGAAGAGGGCAGACGUCUGGCUGAAACUUGGAAAGUUCCAUUUCUUGAGGCAUCGGCUAAGGAAAAUUCUGUAAUUUUUUUGUAUCUUUUGAAAUAAUUUUGUUUAAAAAGUGGAAUCAAAUGCCAAUGAUUUUCCAACGCUAAAACAAAGCAAUUUCCAAAAUAAAAGCCUAGUUAUUACUUUUUAAAAAAGUUGUAUUUUAAAUUAUGUCUUAACUGAGGCCUGACAUAAAGCACAUGCUCGUAUUUGUAAAGUAUAGCGUGUAAUGAUCUCUCUCUGGAUCUGAUGUUUUUUAUGUGAUCACUGGGCCUGAUAAUUUUAAAGGCACUCAGCAGGAUUUUCUUUCAAUCUGAUUUCAGUCUGUGAAGGAGAUAUUUGACACCAUUCUCAACACUAUGAGACAGAAAGAAAAUGGAGAGACAAAUGAAAAGAGUAGUUGUACACUGUCAUAGUGACCACACGGGGACACACACACACAAAAGGAAACGGUGUUCAAGCCUCCAUAGUCUCUCCAUGGUCAUUGAAACUCAAGUCAUUUGAUAUGAAGAUGCUGGUUCUCAACACAUGGAGGUGAAGCCCCCCGAAUCAUCGCCAUCAAGUUGUUCCUGUAAUUUUAUGAAGUUAAUGAAUGAGUUUGUGAAGUAUGUCUUUUGGCAAGUUUUUAUGAAGGACUUGAUGUGUCAGUGAUAUGCGGCUGUGUGAAGUCUUAGUGUUGUCUUAAUUAAUGAAAUAUGCGAAUGUGCAGGAUUAUUGUUUAUUAUAAGUUAUUUUAUACCUGUAAAUGGAAAAGAAAUAUUUUUUGUUACAAGUUGUGGGAAGGGAAAUGAGAAAAAUAAAAACAUGUUUGACAGCUAAAUAACUUUUAUUAGGUUAUUUCUUUUAACAAAGUUACCCAUGUACUUUUUUUUUUUUUUAAAUUUAAUAACGACUGUACUAAUGUUAGAAAUAACUGAGAGGUCAAGGCAUCACUUUGGAUAAAAUGACUUUUAACAAACUAGAGGUUCUCAGCCUUUUUUUUUUUUUUUUUUAAAUUUUUUGACCCCCUUUUUAAAGUUUUUGUGCCCCUUUAAAAAAAAAUUAGAAAUAACUGAGAGGUCAAGGCAUCACUUUGGAUAAAAUGACUUUUAACAAACUAGAGGUUCUCAGCCUUUUUUUUUUUUUUUCUAAAAUCUGUGACCCCCUUUUUAAAGAUUUAGUGGCCCCUUACAAAAAAAUUAUAAUUAAUAUUAAAAACAACAAUUUAAAUUGUUCAACUAUGGAAACUAGUUUUGCAUUAUUUUUUUUUUGAUGAUUGCUUUAAAUUUUUAACCUCAUUGAUAAAUUUAGAAUUUAAUUAGAGAACCACUGCAAUACUCAACAACAUAUACUGGCUGACAUUGUCAGUGAAACAAAAAUUUUCCUUCUUAUAAAGAUUUAACAUUUUGUUCAUAGCAGCACAAUUAAAGUUUAAGCCAAUUUUAUUUUUUAAGAUUGAAGUCAAAAGAAUAAGUAUGUGAGCGUCAACUGUUUAUUUAAAAAUGUUUUAUUUCCAGACAGAAAGUUUUAAAUGUAUAUAAAAAUGGUUUUGGGGCAACAAUACUGACUAGCGCCUCAUUUAGAGCAAUGUACAUAAUCAUUUCUGAGUCAGCGUAUUUUAUCAAAUUUUUCUCUAGUUUGUAGAUUUCUUUACUAUAUAGUCAUUUAGAAUUCCAUUUCUUAAAUAUUUUGUAAUUUAUUUUUUUUUGUGUGAACAAAUCUGCAAUGUAAUGUAAUGCUUAUAAAUUGUGCAUACAUUUUUAAAUGGCAUUUAUGACAAAAUAAAUCAGUGUCUAAUGGCACAUUAUUCCAAAUCACACAUAUUUUCUAUCUAUCCAUCUUCCAGAAGGUUUUUAGGGAAAAAUUGGUGCCAGUAACUAAAUCUCAACUGAAAUUUAAGGAGUGCAUGGAUUGGAGUGGUGAAGACAGUGUCCUCUAAAGAAACAAUUAAUUUUGCUCAAACUUUGAAUGAUGAAAGUUAAACCAACAAGAGAAUUAAUUUUUUUUUAAUAAAGUCAGUUAUUAUAAUAAUAGUAAAUAGCUUUGUCAGUAUUGUUACCCUGUCAAAAACUAGAACAGUGGAAAUCAAAGAAAACAAACUCAUCCAAUUUUGUCACCAUGUAAAUAAACAUCUCUCUCCC